AUGAAACCACACUGAGAUCUGGUCAAACGUAAACCACACCCCCAACACAUAUAAAUCAUCAUUUGUUUUGCCCAUCAGACAGUUUCCUCCUCCUCUCUCACCUGGUACACAGCAGCAAUGCUUCAGUUUAUGACUUUGCCUUUGUCUUUCUUCAUGGCUGGUUUGCUCUCAGAGACUCUGUGCUCUUUAACUGUGGAGGUGGAAGCUGGAGAUAACGCCAUUGUUUGGUGCCAACAUGAGCUGAGUGUUACAGGUUCCAUCUUCUGGUAUAAACACACAUGUGGUUCAGUUCCACUUCUUCUUGGGUGUAAACAGUUUUUUGCGUCUCGUCCAUCAAAGAAUUGUAUUUUCUUUACUGAAAGUGAGCGAAUCGUGAUGUCUGUUCAUGAGAAGAACACGUCUCUCACCAUCACCACAGUAAAUGUCUCUGAUACAGGACUGUAUUACUGCAGCUUCAUGGAACAGGUCAUGACGGACUUCAGAAACUCGACCUUUUUACAUGUGAAAGAUGGAAAUAAAACAAAUAAGAACUCAGAGAGAACAAAAGGUUUAGUCUCUUCUCCUGUGUUCUUCGUGCUGACUGUGGUGUUCGGUGCAGUGACUGUGAUUCUACUCAGUGUCCUGAUCUUCUUCAUACUGAAGCACAGAGAAACACACAGAGGUGAUAACGCUGAUAAACAUGAUGAUAAGAGGAAUGAAAGCGGUAAGAAAUGUAGCUGCUCUGACGUGUCGUCUGUAUCAUUGCAGGAGCAGGAGGCUGAUUCAGUGAAUUACGCUGCUCUACAGUUCUCUCAGAGGAAAAUCAGAAAGACAGGCGGACAUGGUGAAAUUCUGGAUACACAUGUUGAGGAAGAUGACGAGACCCUCACGGCCAAAUCCGACACCCACAUGCAGGUUGAAAGACUCUACCACUGCUACUAUAUGCUGUGUCAAUAUUCUAGGAGGGUGACCCAUUACUCUUCAGCAGUACUGCAUUUGAAGUGUGACUUGUAUCAAUGA